AUGCCGAGCUGCCUCCCCGCCAUCCCGGGGGCCGCUGCCCCCCCAGCCCGGCUCCGCAGCCCCACGUGCUUUCCCGGCAGAGCCGCUCCGCCGCCGCCGCUUUCGCUUUCGGGCGCGGCGCCGCCGCUGCCGCUGUCCCGCGGGGAACCGCAGCGGGGCCAGGUGAGCGCGGGGGACGGGGACAUCGCGCUGGGCACCCCGGGGAGGGACGGGGCGAGGCGUCGUGCUGGGAACCCCACGAGGGGGUGGCUGGACACCAACUUCUGCCAGGUGCAAAGCAGGCUGAAAUUUCCCUUCACCCUUUCUGCUGGGAGAUGGCCACUGCAGCAAUACAGAUGUCAGUCAACUGCUUCUCCCUGGCUGGUGCCAGAAGAUUGCCCCUGUCCUUCACAGUCCUGCUGUCAGGCACUGUGCAGAAAAGGACUGCCACCCUUGCACGCUCAUGACUAGGCUCAGAUCUCUACUCUAAACUCAGGAGUAAAACCCCCAUUUCAGAACGAUGACCUAGACCUGCUGGCAGCUGUAGCAAGAGCCCGUCCCCAGCUCGUGGAGUUCCUCACUCACUGUCCCGACUGGCUGCUCUCGACUGCCCGGCGCUGCGUCCCUGAGGCAGCCCUGAGCAGCCUGGGGGACAUCACCAACCCCAGAGAAAAAAUCUCAGUGCUCCUUGACCUGCUGGAGGAGGCUGGUCCUGCUGCCUGGAAGCACUUUGUGCAGUCUGUCUGCAUGGAGUAUGACCUGCCCCUGGAUCUGGAGGUCCUGCUCAUGAGCUCUGCGGGAGAAGGUAACUUCAGCCAGACAGAAGAAUCAGGCACAGACACGAGAGCCCAGUCAUCUGUGCCAACAGGGUCUGCUCGCCGCCGCCGUUGCAGCAGCUCUGGGAGUGACAAAGAUGCCAAACAGCGACAACUGGAUGCAUUUGUGAAGUACCGGCAUCUCCUCAUCAAUUCUGUCCGCCAGAGAUACAGAAGCAGGAGAGCAGCAGAAGCAGAGGAACAAACACAGCCACUGCCUUUCAACCAAACCUUUGUCAACGUUGUCAUUCAUCAGAGCAAAGCCCCUCGCUUAAAAGAGAGAACAGAGAAACCCCGAGAGGACAUGGCAGGUGCUCCUGAGGCAGAGGAAUGUGCAGAUACAGCUGUGAAAGUGUCAGAUCUGCUCUGUAGUGAGGCCCCGCCGCACACGACGAAGGUGAUUUUUUUGUUUGGAAAACCAGGUAUAGGCAAGACCAGGCUAAUGCACAGGAUUUGUCAGAAAUGGGCAGAAGGUGUCCUACCUCAGUUUCUCUUCAUUUUCUUGUUUGAGUUUCGGCAGCUGAAUUUGUUAAAAAGAAAAUUGACCCUGAAGGAGCUUUUGUUUGACAUGUUCCUUCAGCCAGAGGACAGCCCUGAUGCGGUGUUCCAGGGCCUCCUGGAGAAUGCCCAGCAGACACUGAUCAUCUUUGAUGGCCUGGAUGAGUUUGCAGCUAACAUGGACGUGUUGUCCUCCUCUAAGAGAGGCCCAGCUCUUAGCUCCCCUAUGUCCAUAUCCCAGCUCUUUGCUGACCUCUGCCACGGGAACCUCCUGCCUGGUUGCACAGUGUUGGUCACCAGCCGGCCUAAGAGGCUACCUGACUUCUUAUUCUAUACAGUAGGUGUGUUGGCAGAAAUUUGGGGAUUUGACCAUGAGAAGGUGGAGGAAUAUGUUAGCCACUAUUUCUGUCAGCAUUCAUUCAGAGAACAAGCUAUUGCUCACGUGAAGAACAGCACCAAACUCCUCAGCAUGUGCCUCAUCCCUGCUCUGUGUAACAUUGUGUGCAUCUGCUUGGAGUAUUUGUUCCUCAAACACCAGAUGAGUGUGGAGCUUCCUCAGACUAUGACACAGUUUUAUAUCAAAAUGUUUCUCAUCUUCCUGAACAAGCAGCAAGGAGACUGUGCAGGUGAUGAGGAGACUCAGCUGAACUGUAACAAAAAGGCCAUUUUGGGUCUGUUUGAUCUUGCACUGAGAGGCCUGGAAGAGAAGAAACUUGUGUUUUAUGUCAGUGAUAUUCCUGAGGAUGUGAAGGAAUUUGCUUCCUUGCAUGGAUUGCUGACUGUCUUUGAGGUGAAGACGAGUGGCACUUGCCCAGAGGUUGGCUAUGCCUUUGUGCACUUGAGCUUGCAGGAGUUUUUUGCAGCACUGUGUCUCAUGGUGAGCAGGAGGGUGGACAAGAACUACCUGAAGAAGAAGUUCUUCUUGAAGUCAAAGUGGACUUUAAAGACUGAGACAAAGACCGAGUUUACGGAGAGUUUUCACAUAUUUCUCUCAGGCUUGUCAUCAAGAGAGUGUAGGACAUUCCUCAUGCUGCUGGCAGAGCAAGAUGAAGCUUGGGUGCAGGAAAAGCAGGAUGUGAUACUGCAGUCCCUCAGGAAACUGGCAGCCACUCAUCUGUCAGGGCCUAAGGUCCUUGAGCUCUGCCACUGCACCUUUGAAACACAAAACCUCGAAGUAGCCCAGCACAUUGGGAGCCUGCUGAAUUUCAAGUAUGAGUUUAAAAACUUCAGACUGACAACGCUGGACAUGUUGGCUUUGGUUUUUGUCAUAAACUCGGGCCAGGAUUUGAUUUGUUUGGAUUUUGCAGGAUGUCUUGUGGACACUGACUGUUUGGAGGUUCUGGCUGGCUGUAAAAAUGUGGAACACUUGAGCUUUCGUAGCAGGAGAUGUGGUGAUGACUUUGCUGCUGCUCUUUCAAAGAGCUUAAAAGGAAUGGGAAACCUGAAGAAAUUAGAGCUGACAGGCGGGAGCAUCACAGCCGAGGGGAUGACUAACUUGGUCCAGGCGGCAUCACAGUGCCUCCAGCUUGAGGAAAUAAACUUGCAGGGCAAUCGGAUUCGGGAUCCAGAAGUGAAGAGGGUGAUGGACCUGUUUUCCAGAAUGGAAAAGCUGAAGAAAGUAGACCUGAGCAACAACCAUCUUUCCUUGAAUGCUGUUCUCAGUUUGGCAAAGGAAGGCAUCGCGUGUCAAAAUGUUACGGAACUGUGUGCCAGGGUGGACACCAUGAUUAUUUAUUUUUCUGGCGCGUCUGAGAAAGCUCAAAGAUCUCCGGAUUUGAAGUUGGAAGGGAAUAAAGAACACAUAAUUCCAACUAGACAUGUGAAUUUAUGCUUGCAGGAUCACAGGCUGUUUUCCCAACAUGCCAAGAUGAUUGUGGCCAUUCUGCAGAGCUGUCCCUGUCUCUCUGAAGUGGAUUUAUCAGGCAACAAGCUUGGAGAUGAAGGCUGCAGUUGUCUGCUGGAAAGCCUCCCCUGUAUAUCAAUUUCAAAGCAGCUGAACCUCAGUCAAAACCGCCUCUCUGUCACUGGCAUUUGCAGCCUGUUGAAGUCAGUAAAUACCUGCCAGAAGGUGAUGGAGCUGCAGGUCAGCCUUUGUCGUGAUACUGCAGUCCUGAGGUUUAGAGAAGACAGGGAGUUUGCUUCCCUUCCUCCUAGGGAAGAGCCUUUGUUCUCUACUGAUGACCAAGAGCAUGGGGAGGAAAACCAGACACCAACCACCUCCCAAAAAAUAAGACUGACAGACUGUAAUUUUCAAGCCAGUGACCUGAAGAAUGUGUGUGCAGUCCUGAAGGAGUGUGGCCACAUCUCUGAGCUGGAUCUAUCACAGAAUUAUCUGGGAGAUGAGGGACUUUUGCAGCUGUUUCAGUGCCUCCCAAAACUGAAAAUGUUACGUUCUCUCAAGUUUAACAACAACCAGAUCUCCCUCAACUCUGUGUUUUUCUUAGCUCAGUCAUUAACUACACUGGAACACAUUAAAACAAUGAGCCUCAGCUUAGGACACACACAGGUGGUUCAUCUGACCUUUUGGGAAAGAGUCAGAAGUACCAGCAGAUGGAGAAGUGGUUCCCUGGCACGUCCCAAGCAGGAAGCAAAAGGACAGUGCUUUAGUCUCAGGGACUGCAGAGUGGGUCUGGAGGAUGUGACCAGGCUGUGCCAGAUACUGGCUCGCUGUCCCCAGCUGACAGAAAUCAAUCUGUCUGGAAAUUCACUGAGUGACCAGAGCAUCGAGAGAUUGCUGAGCUUUCUGCCAUCCCUCUGUCAUCUGUCACUACUGAGUAUUAGGAAAAACUCCUUGUCCCCACGUUGUGCUGUUUUACUCCUCAACUCCAUCAACCUCUGUGAGCGGAUCAGAGUGGUGGAAGUCCGGUCAAGUGAAAAUGCCUUCUUGCAUUUAGGAGCGAGCAUGCAAAGCCAAAAGACAUCCUGCAGGCUGACAGGCUGUGCCAUUGGAGAAGGGCAGGUAGAGGAGCUCUGCAGCAUCCUGGAGCAGCACGGGUGGCUGGCAGAAGUAGAUCUCUCCAGGAAUCAGCUGGGAGAUGAAGGCCUGAGGUGCCUCUUGGACCACUUGCAUCGAGUGCCUGGCACCUGUUCCCUCAAUCUCAGCCAUAAUGGGAUUUCUCAGGAUGGGGUCCUACAUCUCAUAAAUGCCUUUGUCACAUCUGGAAACACCACUGAAGUUCAAGUCAGUUUGUGCUCCAAAGCAACUUUAAUCAUCAAGCUGACAAGCGGACAUGACCCAAGAAAGAUUUUGAGACUGGCAGAGUGCAACUUUCAGCCAGAGCACUUGGAAAAGUUGUUCUUGCUCCUGGAAAAGUGCACCAGUCUGACAGAGUACACGUCCUCAAAUAACAACAUGACAGUCCAAGCUGCAGAAAGACUUCUGCAUUCCCUGAGGAAAGAUCUGGGGCUGCUGAAAAUCAGCAUAGAAGAGCCAUGGGUGUGCAGAGAGAGAGUCGUGACCCUUCUCGAGCUGGCUGUCCAGGCCUCUGGAAACAUUACUGAGAUCACGAUAUGUAAAGACAAAACCCUCUUCCAAUUAGUCAUAAGAUUCCCACACUGCCUGGAGAAGACAGAAUCAGUCGUUAGCAGACUGAGUCUGUGCAAACCAGAAAUGAAGCACUCCUUCUGCCAAAGGCUUUGUGAAAAGUGUGCUCAGCUUCAGCAGCUGAGAUGGUCUCACAUGGAACUCCAAGAGGAUGAAGCAGAAAUGCUAGUCAGGAUUUUGCUGCCCCUUCCAGAGCUGAAGACGUUUGGGCUGACCUCUAGCAGUGUUGCACCAGCUGGAAUUGAUUAUUUGAUCUCAGGCUUGCAGAAUUGCCAGGCCAUUGAAGAACUCAACCUGGGCUACAUGAAACUCAGCAGUGCUGCCAUCCCUGGGCUUGUGCUGGGCCUGUGUGAGAUGCCAUCCCUGAAAAGGCUGAUCUUGAACCACAACAGUAUUGGUAACGAUGGCUGCUCCAGACUGGCAGAAGCCUUGAGGAAAAUGCACAACAUGGAGGAAAUCAAUUUAAGCCACAACGAGAUUGGAUAUCCAGGCCUGAUAAAUCUUGCUGCUGUCCUGCUGGAAAUGCAAAACCUGAAGAAAAUCGACCUUUCAGGGAACUGUCCUAGUCCUGCUGGAGGGGAAAAGCUGGUGGAAGCUCUUGCCCAUUGCAAGCACAUCAAGGAGUUACUACUAUCAAGGAAUGGUUUUGGAGACAGGACAGCAGUGACACUUGCCCUUGGUCUGCCUCACAUGACCAACCUGAAGAUCCUGCACUUCCAGAACAAUAACAUCAGGCAGGCAGGAGGGCUGGAGCUGGCCAGAGCCCUGGUGGUGUGUGGGCUGCUGGAAGAGAUAAGUAUAGCAGAAAAUGACCUUGGGGAACAGAGUAUCCGUGCCCUGUCCGAGGGGCUGCCGUGCUUCAGACACCUCCGGAAGAUCGACUUGAAAUUCUGUGGAAUCACUGAUGAUGCUUCAAAAUCGCUCUCUCUCGGCUUCCGACAGUGCCCUUCCAUGGAGGAGAUAAUACUGUCUUGGAAUGCCCUUGGAGAUGGAGGAGCCCGAGAGUUGGCCACUGCUCUCCCAAAGAUGGAAAAGCUGAAGGUGUUAGACCUGGAGAAAAACCGCAUAGGAGCCUGUGGGGCCACAAAGCUCGCGGAGGAACUUGCCACCUGCCCAGAAAUUGAGUCCAUAAGGCUGUGGGGCAAUCCAGUGCCCAAGGGCCUUCCUGAGGCUUUGACAAGCCAAGACCCAAGACUGUGUUUCUCCUUCAGCUAGAAAAGAAGACCCUUGGCCUAACUAGGAGUUGCUCUGUCUGCUACUGCCCUCAAAACUGCACUGAAGAACCAGGAACUCAAAAGUUCCUACAACUGAAAGCUGUAAAUAUUGGAUCUUUCUUUGCUGCACUGAACCAAUUGUGGACACUGGGGUGUUUUUGUUUGGUUUGGGUUUUUGUUUUCUUUGUUUCUGUUGGGGUUUUUGUUUGUUUGUUUUGUUUCUUGUGAUCUUUUAUUGUACAGAAGAGAAAAAUACUGUAAGUAACUGCUGCUAAGCAGGCAGUAUGGUAUUCUUGAUGUAAAAACACUGAAACUCUCUUCAAGAGAAUAACUUUCCAGAAAGGUAUUAGCAAAUAGUGAUAAGAAUGCUUAUGUACUAGACAUUAUUUAUUUAUGUAUUGCCCUACAAUGAAAGGUUCACCAUCACCUCCAUCCAAGCUUCAACUUCAGAUUAGAAGUUCAAUACUUUUAGUCUUUAUUUUGAGAGAGGGGCAGUGAGUGACAGAAAGAAUAGACACCAUACAGUCACAAAAAAGCAGAUAUAAGGUUUUCUCCGAGCUGUGAGAUUUUGGAGUCACCCUCCUUGGAAGUGUUCAGAAAAUGUGUGGAUGUGGCACUUGGAGACAUGGUUUGGAGAUGAACGUGUUGAUGCUGGGUUAAGGGUUUGGCUCAGUGAUCUUAGAGGUCUUUUCUAACCUUAACCCUUCUAUGAUUGCAUUAUUCUAGGAUGAGAUGCACUUUCUCAGGCAUUCAGAAAGCCAGAAAAGUAUUUAAUUAUCCUUAAUCAAGAUUACAACACCUGCAGGAUGUUGCAGUAAAAGAAUACACAUCCUCCAGGAGAGAAUGUAAAAUUAUUUACAAAAUUGUAAAUUGUUGACAUUGUUACAGAGGAACUCCAACAGGCUGCUUGAAAAUCAUCUGUAACUGUGUGAGAUUCCUCUAUGAUUUUUAGGGAAAAAAAAACAUAGAAUCACAGAUUGAAUUGGAAGGGAUCUUAAAGACCUAGGUCCAACACCCCUGCCAUAGGCAGGGACACCUUACACUAGACCAGGUUUCUCAAAGCCAGGUGACCUUGAACACUUCCAGGGAUGGGGCAGCCACAGCUUUUCUUGGGAGAAGAAAAAAAAAGGAUAAGAAAAAAAUUAGUAUUUGGUUUUGUUUUCUUCAUAUCAACCUCCUUUUCACAAAGAAUUGCCUCUGUUUUGUGGAAAAAAAUAAACUUCAAGACAUUUGAAAUUUCAAGUCAUUGCCCAAAAAUGAUCAAUGUUUAUACUGUGAUAAAAAUGCUGAUAUUACCAUAAAUUUCAAUGAGAAACAUUAAAGAACUGAGGUUGUAAAACAACUUGUGAGCAAACCAACUGCUCUAUGUGACAGGAAUGUGCUA